AUGCCAUGUGCCGGAGAUGCUAGUACGGCUUGUGGAGGUCCAGACAGGCUCUCGGUGUACCAAAACUCAGGGGCUUUUGUGUCGACAAACCCAGGCCCUGCGGGCUGGACGUCAAAAGGUUGCUGGCAAGACAGCGUCUCGAAUCGUGUACUCGGCUAUCGAGCCAAUACUCAGGGAGGACUCUCGAUCCAGCAGUGUACGACCGCUUGCUACAAUGCCGGUGAUCAGAUCGCUGGAGCCGAAUACGCAGGCGAGUGUUGGUGUGGUGCUUCACUGAACGGGGGGCGCCCCGGCCUAGAUUCUCAAUGCGACAUGGUUUGCAGUGGUAACAGCAGCGAGUACUGCGGAGGUUCAAAUGCACUCAACCUGUACCAACUCAGCGCUGUUGCCCCAACAACGACAAUGUCCACAACUACAACAACAACCACUACCACUACCACUUCCACUACCACCACUACAAUAGCAGGUCCCCCAACCUGUGCGGCGACUACUCUCGGCUCUGGUCAAGUUUACAAUGGAGGCUUCGAACAAGGUCUGUCAUAUUGGAGCACGUCCAGCAACGGCGGCGCAACCGGUCAGGCCUUGCUUUACCACGAUGCACCCCCUUUCGAAGGCUGUGGGGUCCUAGUCGUGUCGGCCCCAGGCCCGGGUACUUCUCGCCGUUUCAGCAUCAUGUCAGGAACAACCAUCACCCCCGGGCAGACACGCACCGUCUCAUUCUACGUCGGCCGCCGGUCCGCAAGCGGCAGCCCGCUACAAGGAGCAUCAUUCUACGCGUCAGUUCAGGGUAGCAGCGGCGGCCCGGUGUCUGGUGGUACGUUGAUAGCUGCUGUGUGCUCGGGCGCGGAGUGCGAUACGGCGGGCGCUAAUGGGAGUGUCUGGAAGAAAUAUAGCUUCUCGUUCAACUCGAAUGCGAGGUAUACAUUGAGUCUGAAGAUACAAGUGUCUCUUGGGGAUGGAGCGCCGGCGGUGGACGGUAGUGAUGAUGUUUUGAUUGAUGGUAUCCAGGUCUCGUGA